GCCAAAAGGGACGUACAACGUCGCCGUGCGUGAAGACGGCUGCGUGUCCGGGUGCAGGAGAAGAUGGCGGUCUCCACAGGAGUUAAAGUUCCUCGUAAUUUUCGCUUGUUGGAAGAACUUGAAGAAGGACAAAAAGGAGUAGGCGAUGGUACGGUUAGCUGGGGCCUUGAAGAUGAUGAAGACAUGACACUUACAAGGUGGACAGGCAUGAUUAUUGGGCCACCAAGGACAAAUUAUGAAAACAGAAUAUAUAGCCUGAAAGUAGAAUGUGGACCUAAAUACCCAGAAGCUCCUCCAUCAGUUAGAUUUGUAACCAAAAUUAAUAUGAAUGGAAUAAAUAAUUCCAGUGGAAUGGUAGAUGCACGUAGCAUACCAGUAUUAACAAAAUGGCAAAAUUCAUAUAGCAUUAAAGUUGUACUUCAAGAACUAAGACGUCUAAUGAUGUCUAAAGAGAACAUGAAGCUUCCACAGCCACCAGAAGGACAAACAUACAACAAUUAAUUUUAGUGGAUCUCAAACUUGUCUUAAAUCAACAAUCUUCUAUUUGUGUUAAUGUCUUGAUUAAAUAUUACAAUGCAAAAUACCCGCCCAUUAAGUAAAAGAAUUCCAGCUGGUAAACAUGACCUGGACAUUUGUAAGAAUAUAUUUAAUAUAUGUAUAUGCAUUAUGGUUUCAGGUAACAGAAGGAAAAAUGCAGCACAUUUGUUUUUAAGGCACUGUCAUUUAAACAUAAACCUGGAGUACUCAAAAUAGAAUUCAGGUUUAUAAGAUGAAAGUAUGGUGAGAAGUGUCAGAUAGCUGUGGUGGAAGCAUGUGUGUUUCUAAAAAUCUCAAGAAGGGAAAAGAAAUGGCAUGCUUUAUCCAUCUUGCUUAGUGAAAAGAGCUUCAGUUUAAAUUGUCUGAAGUAGCAGGUACAAUGAGUAUUGUCAGAAAUUGUUUUAAUUUUCAAAGUAGUGUGGAUGCUGACUACUAGUAUCAAAAAUAUGCUAAGGAUUGUUUUGAUAAUCUGCAUUUAUAAUAAAAAAUGUCAUGCGGAAAGUUGAUGAAUUUCUGUUAAAAAGCUAUUUCUGUACAUUACAUGUAACAGACAUGACAAAUACUUGUUUACAGUCCUUGACAAACAUACAUUUAAGUUUAAGUGAAAUCAGCAAAAAGGAAAUAAGUGUAUUGAUAUGUGAUUUGGGGGAUUAAAGUUAGUCUUAAAAUGUAAAUAAAAUGUGGAUUGUGUCCUCAGAAACUGUGCCAUUUCUGUUAUAUUGAUGUGGUAUGUGUACAGUACCUUGCCGGGGUAGCAAAAAUUUGAAUUGUUGUAGCUUUCCAUUCAUAUACACUUUUUAUUAUUUAACCUAUUUUGUAUACUUCUUGUGAAUUGGAAUUUACAGAGUACAAAUUAUUUGAAAAGUUUUAAUUUCUUUGGACAAGGAAAAAUCCCAAAUAUUAUAUUUUCGCUUUGAUUUUACCAGAAAUAUAUUAAAAAUAUGUUUGAAUUCUAGCAAUUUUUACAGAAUUAUCUAUUGUAAAUUAUUCCUAUAUAUAUUAUAUUUUUUCUUUACAACUUUUUUUUUUAAUUUUUCUGUGGCAUUUCUUCUCCCAAUGCUUUUAAUACUAACUGGGAUUAAUUUUAUCCAUUCCACUGUCUUUCACGUUGGCACAUAUGUAUUCCAUACUGAUGUUCUGUUUACCAAAGUGAUGAGAGGUUUUAAGUUACCGGUUUUCAUUUCAAAGCCCUAGGUAUGUAACUGUUGAAAAUACUCUUUUCAUAUAGAAUUCACUGAACAAAAUAGAAAGGCAGUCAGGUGACAAGGACAGAUUUCUUAAACAUGCACUGACAUGUUUGUAUCAAGUUCAUUUAAAUCUAAAGCUUUGAGCUACCUUUUCUGGGGCAAUAAUAUAUUAAAGUCAGUGACAGUUUGUCUAAACUUUCAAUUUCAACAUGGCUAUUCUAUUUUAAUUGUGAAAGAUUUUUAAAAUGCUUUAAACUGACACAUAGAGAACAUAUCAAUACAAAUUAGUGCAUGUAUAAUUUAUUAAAAUAGGUUUGAAAUGAACUAUUACCUUAGAAUACACUCUUAAAAUUAUUACAUUGUUAAAGGAGAUGGUUGGAUUACACUAAUGUCAUACAUAGUUACUGAUGGUCUAAAUCAAUCUCUAAUAAUUUCCACUUUGAAAAUGUGUCUUGUACGUACAUAGGCGCUAUGAAGCAUUUGAAUGCUGUUAAAUUAUUCAUAUAUUGGUAGGCUGAGAAUCUGGAUACCUUAAUCUCAUCCUCUUCUGUUUCCCCAUAUCCAGUACUGUGAAGUUUUUUUUUAAUUUCCCUGAAGUAUAUGUUGUCUGAGUUGACUGUGUGUUUAUGGCCCUUCUUUUGUUUUUGAGACUGUAUCUCUGCUGAAAUCUGCAUGCUCUUUAGCUAAUUUCUAAAGCAGGAUCCAUUUUGCAUGUAACCAUCAAUAUGUACAUGGCAAGCUAAUAUACACUGGUUGGAUUAUAGGAGGAGUUGAUACAGAACUACUCUUAAAUGUAGUAACAUUUCUAAGACAGCAGUUUUGAAGCUAUUUUUCCAUUUGUCUGUUUUGUAAAAUGGCUAAGGUUGUGGGAGUGUGUUAUUAACUUAAAUGAACUGUAAAUUUGCCUUUGAAAUUUGUUUAAAAGGUUAGGAGGUGAGACCCUAGGGGAUGAUUUUAUAUUAAUAAAGAUUA